AUGCCGCAAUUACAAAUCAGCACCAUUACCCUCACGACCUUCAAAGACGUGUUAUCCCGCUAUAGCGCGACUGUACCAGAGAAACUACGCGACCUAGACACGCAGCGCUACGACGCCAUACCCACAGCCGUAGCGACAAGAGCAGACAGCGAGAAACACCUCACAAAGGACGAAGUCGAAAAGCUGGUAGGAUGGAAACUCAAGCACGGCACCUUCCGUCCAGCACUCUUAGGUCUAGUCCAAAGCAACACCUCGCAAACGGUGGAAGACACUACAAGAAAAGCAUAUAAAGCGCUCUUUGACGACAAAACAGCUCACGCGAAUGCCCUUCCUGCGCUGAAGACCCUGGUAGAGUUGAGGGGUAUUGGACCGGCAACUGCGUCCCUAUUGCUAUCUGUUCUGGAACCUACUGAGGUGCCUUUCUUUUCUGACGAGCUGUUUCGCUGGUGUGCGUGGGAUGAUGAGGGCAAGGCAGGGAAGGGGUGGCAGAGGAAGGUCAAGUAUAACAUGAAGGAGUAUGAGACAGUGGUGCAGAGGGUGGAGAAGUUGAGGGUGAGGCUGGGUGAGAAGGGGAAUGAGAGUGUGAGGGCGGUGGAUAUUGAGAGGGUUGCUUGGGUACUGGGGAAAGAGGGGAGGGAUGUUGGGGUGGUGGAUGGAGAGGAGGAGGAUGUGAAGACGCAGGGGGCAGAAGUGAGUGAACAAGCCGAGGGAGAAGAGAAAGAGAGGGAAACUGCAGUGGACGAAGAUGUGCGAGUUGAGAAAGAAAAGGAGAGAAAGCCGGCAGUGAAGAAGGGUGCCAAGCGCAAAGCUACAGACGGCAAACCAACUGCUGAGGGUACACGGAAGAGAAGUCGUCCUAGCUUGUUCCUUCUCCACUCUUCUCCCAUACUCACCGGUGCACAAAUCCUGCACAUUCCCACUAAGCCCUAUCCUCUCACCAUGUCAUUCUCCUCUUCCUCCCAAAUCACACGCUUACCCUCGUUUCCCACCUCCCCUGCCACCCCGUCCAUCACCAUCACCUUCACCCCAACCCUCUGCCCAAACCCCGACUCCGACCCCGACCUCCAUCCUAGCCUCGCUAAAUCCCCAGACAUGCAAAACCACAACCCGCUACGAUCGCCCAUGAACAAUGUACCCCAUGGAUGGGGCGAGGGAGAUUGUCAAAGCGUUAACAAGCAAGGCAAGCGUUUCGCGGAUAAAUAA